CUGCACAUGGAGGAGUGUCCGGUGAACAACAUUCAGUUUUCUGGUUCUACUUCGGCAGCUAACACUCACCUUAUGGACUACUCAGCUCCUUUGCAGGUCCUUCUUUGGUUUUAAAGUUUUAUCCUUAACUGGACACUAUUAUUGCUGGAUUUCUAAGCGAGUGGAUCGUGGUGCAGAGUGGUCUGGAGAUGCAGAAGACCAACAAGAAGAAGCGAGCUCAGAGGACCAGCACAAACCUCACAAAAGCAGCUCAUCACCUUGCUGUGCACACAGACAGUAAUUCUCGCCUCGUUCCCGCCCUUCGGUUGGAGCCCACUGCAGCAUUGUCCAUCGCCAACAGUACCAGAGGGACCCAUUUCAUAUUUGGACCUGUGGCAAGUGCUGCUGCCAUAGCAGCUCUCCGAUUGGCUCAGAUUACGACUCAGACUCAGGUUGCUCUUCAGCAGCUCGCUACUCUAGCGACCAUAACUGUUAGCAACCAGUAUCACAACAACAACGGCGUUGCAGCAGCGCUACCUCCACACAUUGCCCUCCUCAGUCUUCUAAAUAGGCAGCAAGUGUUGGGAUUGCACGUGGACACAAACCGCAAAACUUACAGAAACGCACAACCUUGUCUCUCUGCUGCAAUGUAUCACCACCACUCCCAGCAGCCGGGGUCCUUUCCCAAUGGGCCGAGGCCUCCCCAUCACCCGCCGCCCCCAAACCAACAUCAGAAUCGAAACUCUUCCGAUAUGCUGUCACAGGCAAUGGGCUUCCAGUUUCCUCGUCCCACCCAGCUCCCGGAUGAACUUGAGUCUGCUCUGGCUAUCCGCGGUGCCAGGGACAUGGACCACCGACUCAUUGACCACACGAGUCGACCAAAUCAACACCAGAACCAAAGCUCAGGUUCUGGGAUGAGUCAACAUGGAGGCUUUGGCUCUAAUCCAAUGACUCUCCCCCCUGAUAAUCACUCUUCCCGUCAGCAAGGGGUAGACUGGUCAAAUUAUCAACCUCCAACAAAACUGUUCUCAAGUCCUCCUCCUCAUCAGUCUCAACGGCACCAAGGGCCCCCACAGCAGCCCCAAAGCAGCCAUGCAGGGACAGGCAUCCAAAACUGGAAACCUCUCAUAGGUGACUCGCAGUCACCCCAAGGCCGUCAUCCACAGGGUGGCGGGGAAAGUCAGGGUAUGUACACACCAGAAAGUGCUGGAAGUAUCUUGGCUAGCUUUGGACUUUCAAACGAGGACUUGGAAGUGCUUAGCCACUACCCUGAUGAUCAGCUAACCCCCGAUACUCUACCAUUCAUACUUCGUGAUAUCCAAAUCAACAAGUCAGGAACCCAGAACGCUGUAUCUUCAACUUCGGGAUCCUCGUUUUCACAUGGCAUCCAAGAUAUGCCAAUGCCUCCUUCUCGCUCUCCGCCGUUGACCCGUUCACGCUCUCCAGAGGUACCCAGCCUUCUUGCGGUUACACAGACUGCGGGUAAAGUCAUCGACUAUGGUCAUGCAAGUCGGGCAAAGGACGAAACUACAAGAAAGACUUUCAAAAGAGAGCAGCUCUCCAGUGAAAGGACAGUUAAAAUGUACCAAUCUUCAUCGCCACCGUCAUCGGCACCCAAGGCAGUGAAAUCUGAAAGGCGGCAGGUUCGUUUGGAACCCACUGAACCAAGCAAGCAUGGAGAUCAGGACUACCGCAGGACAAGUAGCGAACAUCGCAAGAGCAGUCGGUCUCCUGGGAGAGAAUUUCAGCCGUCAUCCAAGCCUCGCACUCUGGAUCGAGACUACAGACGGGAAGCACAGAAGCCUAGGCCCUCAUCUGAAACCAGCAGCGAGGCUUCCUCAAGACGAUCUCCAUCCUCUUCAUCAAGCUCAAAACCACACACGAGCAGCAGCAGCAAGAAGUUACCAACCCCCACCAUGAUAAGCGAUUUCUCAGCUGCGCCGCCAAAGGUGUAUCCCCAUACCUGCUCACUGUGUCAAAUGCAGUGUGAUGAGGAAAAGGACUGGGUUGACCACAUUAACACCGUCAACCACACCGCCGCUUGCAGAGAUCUGCGCAACAAGUACCCUGACUGGAAGCCAAACCUACCAAGUCGCAGUGGACGACAUGGCAGCCGGGCCUCACAUUCUCCAUCCCACUCUGCAUCUCGAUCCGUGUCCUGUUCUCUCUCCCCGAGUCCAACUCAUGGGAAACACAGGGUGGGGCCCCCCCACCACAGGCCACAGGGGAGGCCGUACCCCCCUCACCAUCACCCUCGCCACCAUCACUACACAGGCGAUCCUCCUUGCAGUGGUCUGAAGCGUCCUUAUGCUGACUCAAAGUUUGACCCCAGACAUCCGUCUUCCUUUAAGACGAGUCACGCUUCCAAACAUGGACCGUCACAGUCCUCAACAAAGACCAACAAGAGCGGGUCAAAGCCUGGAGCCAAGACGACUAAGACAGGGAGUGGCAAGGCCUCUGACAUGUGUGCCAAAGCUCCACCAGCCAAGAAGAAGAAGAAAGCUGUGACUUCCUCCUCCCAGGACUCUUCCGUGGCCGAUCGUCUGGUUUACCUGACGGGAAUCCCAAAGGAUGCUUCAGAGCAGGAGGUUACCGACCUGGUUGGGUCCUUUGGAAAAAUCAACAAUGUGAUCCUCAUGCCCUGCUCCGAAGAAGAGAGUGAGAAGGGCGAGGGGCAGAAGGCAUCCGUCUGCAUGUUGAAAUCUGAGGACGCUCAGGCGCUGGCGAACUCUCCAGAUCUACAAAUCAGGGAGCAGAAAAUCACUGCAUUAACAGCCAAGAAACUUGAAGAAGGGAAGUCUUCUGAUAACAGCACACAGGCUUCAGGACUGGACAAAGGUGCUGCUGCUGGAGCUGAGACUGGUCAGAAGACUUCUGAUGAGAAGGGCAUUGUGCUGAUCACCGGGCUUCCUGACAGCGGCUGGUCAGAGAGUGACAUCAUCGAGCUGGUCCAACCCUUUGGUUCGCCUUCUGACAUCAUCAUAGCAACACAAAUAGGAAAGGCUCUUGUGUCUGUGCUGGACAUGGAGACUGCACAGGAGAUGGUGAAAGUUAACUCCUUUAUGCCUCUAAAAAUCAAGGACGCUGAACUGAAGAUUUUCCACAUCAAACAGAACGUCAGCCUCAGCACACCUGUGGCUCUCUACAAUCUUCUGAUGGGAUUGGCCACUCCUUUAGAGAGUCCUGCUCUGGUGGGCUGGAGCAGCCUGUUAGUGAUCAGUAAUGUUCCUGACACACCAUCCGGCUCCUCUGAAGUCCAGAAACUGGUGCGGCGAUUCGGCACCGUCAUCAAGACCCUGGUGGUCAACGGAAUGGUUAUCUGUGAGAUGGCGACUGCAGCCAUGGCGCUCUCUGUCUACAAACGCUUCCAGACAUUUCCAUGCAUCAUCCACAGAAACCCUCUGUUCUUCUCCCGUAAAGCUGACCCCAGAAUGAACACACAGACCAAAAUCAUCUCUGCAUACCUGGAUUCAACAGAGGAAACACCUGCGAAUGGAAAAGACAGCCAAACAUCAGCAGCAGCAGAAGAAGAGGAGACAGCAGCUAAAGAGGACUCUGGAUCUCCUGUGGAGGCUUCAGGCAAAGACAUCAACAGCAAGGAGGAGAAGGCUCAGAGCACAGAGGAGAUGGUUGUUGAUGAAGCUUCUAGGGAAAAGGGGAGCAAAGACGAGGAAAAAGACAACAUCGCUGUUGCUGUUUCUGAACCUUUGACUUCACCAGAUGCAAAACCCGAAGAAGACUUACAGACAAACAUGACAGAGGAAUCUGUUGUUGAGACGGUCACAGAAGCAGCAGAAGAAAACAAGCCUGUCGAUGCAAGCCAAACUGGAGAAGACCAAACUGCUGAUGAUGACAAAGUGGAGACGCAGACGUCUGAUGGUGAAGAGAAUUCUCAGGAGAAGCCUGCACCUGAGCUCCCGAAGGUAAAUCAGGAGAAGGUGAAAACACCAGUUGAAGAAGGCAAAACAAGUAAGGACAGUAAAUCCACCAAUAAGACUGCAGCUCCCAGCAAUGAAAAACAAGAAAAGACCCUGAUGGAAAAAGAGCCAGGCGGAAAACCUGCUGCAGAGACUAAAGAAAAGACCAAGAACCAGGCAGAGGAGGCAAAGAGGAAGGCCAGGGAGAAGGAGCAGAAGGAGAGGGAGGCGAAGAAGGAGAGGGAGAAGAAGGAGAGGGAGAGGAGGGCCUUGGAGAAGGAGGAGAGGGUGCGAAAAGAGAAGGAGAAGGAGCGCGCUGAAAGAACUAAGAGGGAGAGGGAGAGGAGGGAGGAGGAGAGGAGAGAAAGAGAGAGGAGGGAGAGGAAGAGGAUGUAUGGUGAAGAAUCCACAAGAUGGAGGUCAUCCAGCAGGUCAGAGGGACACAAGAAGAGCUCUGAGAGGGAGGAACAGAGGAGAAACUCUACAGCAGCCAAAAAGGUGCAGGAGGAAGAGGAGUUCGAUGACUUCCCCUUCAAUAUGAGCGACUUUGUGACGGUGGAUGAAGUCGGAGAUGUAGCUGACCUCGCUAACUCUCCAUCUAUUGCUGCUCCAAUGGAAACCUCAGAGGUGAAGGAGGAUGCUGCUGCAUCAGAGGAUCAACAGGACACGCCUUCUCAGGUAGCCAUGGAAACAGAAACAUCAGAACCCACAGUAACCCAGCUGAAGUCUGAGCCUGAAUCAGAAGCUUCGUCAAAUGUGCCAACAGGCGGUUUGGUGCCAUCAGAUCCGACAUCUGGUCCAUCUCCUACAGCACACUCGCAGUCUGACGCCUCUAACAACCAAAUGAAUGAGCCGACAUGUCAACCAGAGGGAUCUGAGACCAAAACGACACAGAUGGACACCACCUGUGAGGUCAAUCCUGUUCCCACGCCCGCUGACUUGUCCUCAAACGCUCCAGAAAUGGUAGCAGUGAAAGCUGAGAGAGAAGAGGAGGAGGAGUGUGAUCAAGCUGUUAAUAACAAACGGGUCAAAGAGGAGGUGGAGGAGACGGCAGUGUCGGACACAGCAGAAGAGCAUGAGCACAUCCAGGAGGAGGAUGCACAAACAGUGAAACAAGAGAGGUCUGAAGACCAAACAAACAAUGAAGAGGAGAGCAUAAGGAAGAAAAUAAAGACAGAAACUCCCACCAGAUCAGACAAAACCCUCCCUCCUUUCGACCCCAGUAACGCAGUCGUAAAACAAGAGACGUCUGAAGACCAAACAAACACUGAAGAGGAGACUGUAAGGAAAAAAAUAAAGAGAGAAACUCCUACCUGUACUUUCCGCACCCUCCCUCCUUACGACCCCAGUAACCCUGUCGGUAUGGAGUACUUGGUCCCAAAAACAGGUUUCUUCUGUAAAGUGUGUAACCGGUUCUUCAGUGGAACCAAAGAGGUGGAGAUCAGCCACUGCAAAUCCCUCAAACACUACGAGAACCUACAGAAAUUCUUAAAAACCAGGAAGAAGGUGGAUGAGGCUACCUGAAUUUCAAAUUAAGACGUUUGACUGAGUUUUUUCAUUCCUCUUCUCUUUUGUAAAGUCUCCUCAUUUCUCUCCAAGGGUCCAGAUUCUCACAUUGAUGUAGAAUAGUCUAAUGGUUUUCUCUUUGAAUAUGAUUUUUCAAUAACAACUGCAAAACAAGUGUAAACUGGAUGAUUUGUUGUUCAUUCAAUAAAAUGUUUGGACAAAA